UUAGUUUUCUGUGGUUAUAACCUUGUCUGUCUUACAGUCACAUUUAAAAGUUUUAUAUAAGUAAAUGAUUUUCAAUUAAAUUUAUUAUUGUUAAAUAGGAAAAUAGUGAUGUUGAAAAUGUCUGGUAAUACAGGAAGGUUAAUCCAUAAAUUGGCAUUGAUGCACUUCAGUAGAAACACAACUAAAAUAACUGCUCAGCCCUUGUUAGUACCGUUUAUCAAUGCAUCCAGAACUUUAUAUUCUAAAGCAAGUCUAGGACUAGACAAUUUCGAAACGCAAAAACAAAGAACAAGUGAUCAACUUUCAAACUUGGAGGACAAGUUUAAAGAGAGAAUGGCUGAAUAUAUCAAAGAUGAAAAAAAUAUGGUAUUCACAGAGGAUUUAAAAAAUAUGGUUUACUUAACCAAUAAUGACAAAGAUUUGGAAUUAGUUAUAGAAAUGAUGAAAAGAUUCAACAAACAGAACCAACAGUUGCGAUUUGGUAAUUUCAAAUUUGGAUCUAUUAUAAUGAGAAUGUUCUAUUUACUAGAUAAACCACAACUAGCAAUGGAGUGUUUCAAAGACGAGGAAAACUUUCCAGGUUUCUUUGAUCAGCUCAUCACAUUCCAAAUCUAUUUGGAUCUUCUCUAUGAAAAUGGAAUGUAUAAAGAGGUUCUCGAGAACUUCUUAGAUAUACAAAAGAAACAACUAGAAGGAGCUUUAUACCCAAGAAACUCAUUUGUUUUAGCCUUAGCAGCUUGUUAUAAAUUGAACACUAAAGAGACACUAGAUUAUGCCUUGAACAUAUGGAAUAAGUCAAAGGAACAUGGUUACUUCCCAACCAGAAGAGCAGUAACUUUCUGUGCUGCAUUAGCUCUCAAUCAAGGCAAACCAGAAGUGGCUUUAGAAUUGGUCAGUAGCUGUAAAAAUCAAAACUAUACCACUGUGAGAAAUCUUAAGGUCUUGGCAUUAGUACAAAUGGGUCGCCUUGAAGAUGCACUUGUGGUGCUUAAAUCUGUACUCUCAAUUGAAGUUGGAUCGCAUACUUUCAAUAGGGAUGUUCUAGAAGCAUUAAAAAAAGCCAUUCUUGAACGUGACUCUCCUGAAUUAAAAGUCGAAAUGAAGAGAGUUGAAGAAUUGUUGUUGAAGCAGGGUAACAUAGAUGAUAAGACUCUUGACGAUCAACUUUUGAGUACAAUACAAAAACCCCCUCAACCUCUAUCUGGAAGACAACAAAACGAUAGAGGAUAUGGAGGACAAUAUAAUAGAGGAUAUGGGGGACAAUAUGAUGAUAGGAGAAAUGAAAAUAGAGGUUACAACCAGGGACGUUCGUCAAGGCCUAAUUUCAGAAGGGAAAGACCUGGACUCGAAGAUUUAGUUUAAAUAGGUUUAGUUAUACGAACUUCUUCUUUAUGUUCCCUAACGGGAUUGUAUUUAAGAAUGUAAAUGUACAAACUAUUUAAUUUCGAAUAAAGUUAAAUUUUAGGUA